GAGCCGAGCGAGAGCAGCCGAGGGCGCCGCCGGGUCCCCAGCGCCGUCGCUGCCGCCUCCGCGCCGCCCCCCGCGCCCCUGCCUGCCCGCGGCAGGCGUCAGCGCCGUGGCCGGCCCGCGGGCGGCCGGUGGGCAGCCGGCGUCAUGGCCUCACCGGAGCCGCUGCGGCCGCGCCUGUGCCGCCUGGUCCGCGGCGAGCACGGCUACGGCUUCCACCUGCACGGCGAGAAGGGCCGCCGCGGGCAGUUCAUCCGGCGCGUGGAGCCCGGCUCCCCGGCCGAGGCGGCCGCGCUGCGCGCCGGAGACAGGCUGGUCGAGGUCAACGGCGUCAACGUGGAGGGCGAGACGCAUCACCAGGUGGUGCAGAGGAUCAAGGCUGUGGAAACGCAGACGCGGCUGCUGGUGGUGGACAAGGAGACGGACGAGGAGCUCCGUAGGCGGCAGCUGACCUGCACUGAGGAGAUGGCCCACCGAGGGCUUCCGCCCAUCCACGACCCCUGGGAGCCAAAGCCGGACUGGGCACGUGCCGGCAGCCUCGGCUCCGAGGCUGGCCAGAAGGAUGUCACUGGACCCCCCAGGGAGCUACGCCCUCGGCUCUGCCACCUGCGAAAGGGCCCCCAAGGCUACGGGUUCAACCUGCACAGUGACAAGUCCCGGCCGGGACAGUAUAUCCGCUCUGUGGACCCGGGCUCGCCUGCCGCUCACUCCGGCCUCCGCGCCCAGGACCGACUCAUCGAGGUGAACGGGCAGAAUGUGGAGGGGCUGCGCCACGCGGAGGUGGUCUCCAGAAUCAAGGCGCGAGAGGACGAAGCCCGGCUGCUGGUGGUGGACCCUGAGACGGACGAGCACUUCAGGCGGCUACGGGUCACACCCACCGAGGAGCAUGUGGAAGGUCCACUGCCAUCACCCGUCACCAAUGGGACCAGCCCUGCCCAGCUCAAUGGUGGCUCGGCGUGUUCGUCCCGAAGUGAUCUGCCUGGCUUAGACAAGGACACUGAGGUAGACAGCAGCACCUGGAAACGUGACCCCUUUCAGGAGAGUGGCCUCCACCUGAGCCCCACGGCGGCCGAGGCCAAGGAGAAGGCGAGAGCCACCCGGGUCAAUAAGCGGGCACCGCAGAUGGACUGGAACCGGAAGCGCGAGAUCUUCAGCAACUUCUGAGCCCCCCCCCCGCCCCGCCUGUUUGCCGGCGACCCGGCCUCUUCCCCGCACGGGCCCAGCCCCGAGUUCCCCAGGCCUCAGUGGACUGGAGGGGGUGCCUCCUCACCCCCUUGAAGCCGUGCUGGGCCCACCGCUAUCCAGGAACCAAUGUGCGCCCCAGUGCGCCCCGUCCUGCCCCCCUACCUGCUGGGUGCUGGAGAGGGGAGAGGGGAGAGGGCUCCCCCGCCCCUCCCCUGCCCCCGCCUGCCAGAUGUGAGAGAGGGAGAGGGAGAGGCAGUGGCGACCGUGGCCCGGCCCUUGCUGCUCUGCCCGGGCCUGCUGACUUAAAGGAAUUUUUGUUUUUGCUUUUCUUCCAAAAAAGAAAGAAAAAAAAAAAAAAACCACAGAGCUCCAGCUCCACACAUGUUUCCACUUAAUACCAGAGUCCCGCCCCCGCCCCCACCCCCACUCCCUUAGGACGCGCUCUCUAAGUAAUUGCAGUAAAACAAACCUUUCUCUGCAAACCACGUCCUCCCCACUCCUCAACAGCAGUCCUCUGAACUGGGAGUCCCGGGCACGUUCAGGGACAGAGAGAUGGAGGGGGACCGGGCUGUGAGUGUGGGGGCUCCAAGGUGAGGCUGGGAGGCCAGAUGUGGCUAUAGGAGCUGCCCCUCUGCCCCCGUCCCUGCUGUGGGGGGGGGGGGGGGGGGCGUCACUAAGCCAGGCCUCCCAUGUCCCCGCUGAACUGGUCUAGGGCACAGGGCCUGGGCUCCCAGGGGCCUGAGGAUAGAGGCCCCGUGUCCCUGAAGAGGGUGGCCUCUGGACAGGCCUCUUGUCCCUGCGCCACAGCCCUGAGGCUGGGGGAGAGCCUGCCUGCCCCCAGGAGACGCCACCCGCUCUCCCUUUCCUCCCUGCUCUGACCCCGACCGAUAUUGCUGUUUGCCCUGUAAGCCAUAGCGCAUGCGCGCCCUCGGAAUAAACAGGCCUUCCGCAGA